CUUCCUCCCCUUCCCUGCCUCCCUCCCGGCCCUCCCGCCGGAGUCCCGCCCUCCUUCCGUCCCGCGUUCGCCCCCUCCUGCUGCGGCGGCGAGCCGAGCCCAGGCGAAGAUGGCGAAGACUUACGACUAUCUGUUCAAGCUGCUGCUGAUCGGGGACUCGGGCGUGGGCAAGACCUGCCUGCUCUUCCGCUUCAGCGAGGACGCCUUCAACACCACCUUCAUCUCCACCAUCGGAAUCGACUUUAAAAUCAGAACAAUAGAAUUAGAUGGAAAGAAAAUCAAGCUACAGAUAUGGGAUACAGCAGGCCAGGAGAGAUUCCGCACAAUCACAACAGCUUACUACAGAGGAGCCAUGGGAAUUAUGCUGGUGUAUGACAUCACAAAUGAAAAGUCUUUUGACAACAUUAAAAAUUGGAUAAGAAACAUAGAAGAGCAUGCCUCUUCAGAUGUAGAAAGAAUGAUCUUGGGUAACAAAUGUGAUAUGAAUGAAAAAAGACAAGUCUCAAAAGAAAAAGGAGAGAAGUUAGCAAUUGAUUACGGAAUCAAAUUUUUGGAGACAAGUGCAAAAUCCAGCAUAAAUGUGGAAGAGGCGUUUUUCACACUUGCACGAGACAUUAUGACAAAGCUCAACAGAAAAAUGAAUGACAACAGUUCAUCGGGGGCAGGUGGGCCAGUAAAAAUAACAGAAAACCGAUCUAAGAAGAGCAGCUUCUUUCGAUGCACGCUACUUUGAUGAACUUCUAAUGAUAAGACUGCAGCACACUUAGAACCUUUUCUGCUUCUUUGAAAGCACAGGGUCACAAAGCCUCAGAAAUAAUACCACCAAGCUGCUGCUGAGAGCUCCAUUGAACGUAGACUGCGAUACACAAAUACCAAGCGGAUUUUGCUCACUAAGCCUAUUGACCUGUCAGGCUCUUCUUUCUCAGAUAUGGAAGCUAUGAAGUGGAGACACAAAUGCAAGAUUUAACUUGUUUUCCUUUUUUACUUUCUGUUUUAUUGCCUGUUGCAAAAGCUGCUAUGUUUCUUUUAACUUUGCACAUCCAUAUUGGCCUCUUACUGCCUGUUACAGCACAAUCUUACAUUUGUAUUUGCACAGUUUGACUUGUAAGUAAGAUUCUUAACAGAUUUGUGCACAGUUUUAUUUCUCUUUUUAAACAAAUUUAUUUUUAAGCAGAAGAGCCAGGGGAAAAAUUGAGUCUCAUUUCCAUUAUUUUCUAUGCUGUAUACUCAUGGCCAUGCAGUAUGGAUGUUGUUGCUCUAGUGAUGAGAAUUACUGUAACAAUUGGCAUUUAACAAAUUUGUACAGAUUUUGUCUCUUAGAUGCACAAAUCUGUUCAUGCAGAAGCUAUGGCUUCUAUUCUGAAUGUAGUAUGCUUUUCUUUCUUUACCAGACUUAGCAAAGUUGUGUUCUGAAUUGCCAGUCACUGUCUGAUUCACAGAUGCACCUUUCAGAUAUUUGAAUAAACACAGUGUCUUUCCUCACUUAA